CCAUCUUCCACUCCACUUUCUCGACAGCGAUAUCAAUCUGUAUUCGUCGUUGAUAAAUUUCUGCCGAUUACGCCUAUGUGCGAGGAAACGUGCGCACGAGCGACGUUAAAAGUAUCGUAUCAUCGUGUCCACCCUUGCGACGUUUCGCCGCGAAUGCCACGUUGAAUUAGCGUAUUUCCGUUGGAAAAAUGAGUCUACCUAACGUGAGAGACUAUUGCAUGCUGGAAAAGAUCGGCACCGGAAGCUACGCGACCGUGUACAAGGCAUUCAAGAAGGACGGGAGCCGAGAGGUAGUCGCUGUUAAGUGCGUGGACAAAGGUUCGCUCUCGAAAUCGGCGGUCGACAAUCUCGUGACGGAGAUCAAGCUGUUGAACGUCCUCAAGCACGAGCAUAUCGUGGAGAUGAAAGAUUUUUUCUGGGACGAAGGGCACAUAUACAUCGUCAUGGAGUACUGCGACGGCGGAGACUUGUCGAGCUUCAUAAAGAAAAAGCACAAGCUGCCCGAAAGCACGUGUCGCAGAUUUCUGCAGCAGCUCGCGUUAGCGUUGAGGUAUCUGCGCGAUCACAAUGUCUGCCACAUGGAUCUCAAACCGCAGAAUUUGCUGUUGAUGAGGAAACCGCAACUAGUGCUCAAAGUUGGAGAUUUCGGUUUCGCGCAGUAUCUCUCCAAUUCGGAGCACAAAUUCACGAUACGCGGCUCGCCUCUUUACAUGGCACCCGAAAUGCUGUUGAAGCACAAGUACGACGCUCGCGUCGAUCUGUGGAGCGUCGGGGUGAUCAUGUACGAGUGCCUUUUCGGAAAAGCUCCCUACUCCAGCAGUAGCUUUCAGGAACUAGCAGAAAAGAUCAAGGAGACUCGACCAAUAGAGAUGCCCAGGGCGGCUCAUGUGUCAGCGACGUGUAAAGAUUUGCUUAUGGCUCUGCUGAAGCAUAAUCCUGCCGAUCGUAUAACGUUCGAUGAAUUUUUCGCGCACGACUUUCUGGACUUGGAGCACGCGCCCACGAAAGAAAAUUACGAUAAGGCAGUCGCGUUGGUGCACAAAGCCAUUGAAAUGGAUACCGAGAAGAAUGCAAAAGAGGCAUUUUAUCUUUACUGCGAAGCGCUCAGAUAUUUCAUUCCGAUUUUGACAAACGAAAGUGAUCUAAAACGAAAGGAGGUGUUACGUCAUCGCGUGAACGAUUACAUAAGGAGAGCAGAAACGCUUAAAGCGGCGUUUAUAGAUGAAAAUAAUGAAAAGCGUCCGGCGCCCGAAAAUAAAGGAAAUGUUACAGCCCUGCAAAGGAUAUCAUCUUUAGAGAAAAGCUCGGCAUUCACGUACAACGAACUACGAAUUCUUAGCAAAAGUACUACGAGCAUGGUGGACGCGCUUGAAAUAGGAGAAGCUGCUGAGCAAUAUCUCGCUGAGGGCAGCUAUGCUCUGGCUUUAGAAAAAUUUCAGUCCUGUCUAAGUGUACUUGUGCCUUUGUUGGGUAAGGAACCUAUAGGCCGAAGAAGAGAUUUGCUGCAUAAGCAGGUACAGAUUUGGAUGAAGGAAGCCGAAAGUACCAAGGGACUCUUGGCUACCAAGGAUAUAGACUCCCUGCAACGACCAUCCGACGAGCAAUGUAUAUUACAAUAAUUAAUGACUAUACAAUUGGUGGCGUAGAAUAAUUAUUUUGACUGUCGAUAGCACUUUGCACCAUUGUACAAACUUUGCCAUUCGUCACUCUGUAUCAUGCAUCAUUUAAUCUUUAAUCAGUCAGCUAAUAAAUAAUUUUAUAUUGUUA